AUGGGCCCGCCUGGCCCGAUCUUCGCCCGUUCUCGCCCCUUCAGCCUUGCGGCGCGACCGCUGGCGGCUGGGCGGGGGCGAGAUAAGCGCGCCGCGAUCCCCCUGGCAACUCGGCCCGGGGGCAUUUUGAAGGUGUUGCCCGGGUCCUUUCGCUCAGCCGACCGUCUCAGCCUGGCGGCGGCGGAAGGAUUCACAGGGCUGGUGGGCCCCUUCCAGGUGGUCAACGGGCCCUUGCUCGGCGCGGCGUCGCGCCCGCUGAGGACGACCGCCUCGGUGUUGCUGGGCGAUUGGGAGGUCUCCGUGAUGGAUCUGGAGGCUCUCGCCCCUCUGGGCGAGGGAGAUGCCGACGGGCUGAUCCCGUUCGGGCCAGCCCGUCGUCGCGCGCGUUGGCCGCGCCCUUCGGGGGCCGUCGGCCUGCGCAACGGCUACGCGGCGACGCGCGGCGCUGCGCCCAUCGGCCUCGUGGGGGGCGAGCUGGAGGACGACGCCGACAUCGGGGCGCUUAUGACCCGCGCAGAGGGCCAGCUGGGCAUCCAGCGGCCGAUGGCUGCGAAUGCGGCCCAGUCCGCGGGUCCACCUGCGGGGGCGCGCCCGAACGUGCCGGGGGCCCGCGGCUCCUCAGCGCAGGCCAGGGCCCAGGCGCUGGAGGCGACCAGCCACGUGGAUCCAGACGGGUGCGAGGACGAUUUCGAGGUGCUGUCGGAUAAGGUCACUGCCCAGGUGUGGGUCUCGCUGGCAACGCGGCUGGUGAGGCUGGCCUUCAAGAGGACGUCCAGGCGCUUCGACAGGCUCUCGAGCAAGUGCAGGGAGAGCUACGGCAAGCACGAGCGGACGCGGACGCCGCGAGUAGGGCGGCGCAGGAGGCUGCGCAGCGGGCACAGCAGGUGCUCGGGCAGCAUGGUGCAGCCGCAGCGGCGGCGCAAGUGCCAGACCCUGGACCUGAGAGGUGCGACGAACCCAAACAUGGUGGCGGCUAUGGCCAGAGCAAAGCGUGAGGCAGAGCCAGUGUUGAUGACGAACCUCGAGCCCGGGGACAUGCAGUUGUCCAGGACGUUGGGGUACUGGCUCAUCCAGACGUGCAGGAGCCAGGCGCUCGACGUAGUGCUGAAUGCGGGCAAGCUCGAGGGAUCCGAAGCCUGGCGACAAAUACACCUUCGACUCGAGCCACAGGCGGCGAGCAGGUACGCUGGACAGUUGAUGGCGCUGCUCGCCUGGGACUUCAGUGGCGAGAUGAUGAUACGCCUGGAAGCCUUCGAGAGGGAGAUCAGCCUGUAUGAGCCGGCGUCGGAGGAGACCCUCUCGGACGCGAUCAAGGUUGGCAUAGUGCUGAGGCAGUUGCCCGAGUCCCCGCUGAGGCAGCACAUGGUCAUGAAUGCGGCCGCAGCGGCGGCAGCGCAGAACGGGGUGGCCCCGAUGGAUCUCUCAGCGUUCAACAACCAGGGUUGCAAGGGGCGCUGCAGGAUCUGCAACGGCAAGGGCCACGACGAGAGGAACUGCUGGCACCGCAAGGGCGGGGCUGGGGCAGGCAAAGGCAAGUCGGACAGAAAGGGCAAGUCAAGAGGCGACUCCAAGUCGAAGGGAUUCUCACAGGGCGGAAAGGCAAGGGACGGCAAGGCCGGCAAGGGGCCGAAGUGCUUCAACUGCCAGGAGCACGGGCGCAUGUCCAAGGACUGCCCGAAGAAGAAGAAGAAGAACAACCUGCACAUGAUGGAGCCGGAACCCGAGAAGGCGCUGCGCGGGCUGCGGCUCGCGCCGUUCACGAUCGACGAGAAGGGCGUGGCGCGGAAAGCCUUCGACCUGCUGGUCGAGGGCGGCCUGGUUGACGACAAGCUGGUGCACGAGCUGAGCAGGCUCGGGGCGGGCGCGGCGCGGGCAUCCCGCAAGAUGGUGCUCGGUGUCGACUCGUGUGCAGCUACGACGGUCGUGCCAUCAGAGCUGGCGCCGGACUACCCGACGUACGAGAAUGACAUGAGUGCGAAGGGCGAAGGCUACAGGACCGCGAACGUCGGCUGGGUGGCCGACGAGGGCACUAAGGAGCUCAUCGGGUCGGCGCGCAACUCGGACGGCUCGGCGCAGGUGAGAGGCGUCAAGGCUAGGGUCGCGAAGGUCAGCAAGGCUCUCGCCUCUGUCUCGGAGAUGGUGGACGCAGGCCAUCGGGUCGUCUUUGAUGCUGGCGGCAGCUACGCGCAGAACAAGUCGACAGGGGUGAUCACACCGUUCCAGAGGCGCAACAACGUGUACGAGAUGGAGAUGGAGCCGAUGCCGCAUAGCAAGGCGAAGGACGUGAUCGGCCGCGCGGAGGCCUGGUCCAAGCCCAGCUCGAGCGGCAAGAAGCGGAAGGAGAUCUGCAUGAUGAGGAGCCACACGGAGGAUGCGAUACCAGUCGUGGCGUUUGACUGCGGCUACCUCGGCAGCGGCGAGGACGCGGCCCCGAUUCUGCUCAUGAGGGACUCGCUGCACAGGUACACGGGCGCGGAGGUGUUGACCUGCAAGGGGGCGGCGCACACGCACAGCGCCGACAUGCUGGUGAAGUUCGUGGUCAACGGCGGCUGCAAGAAGGCGGUCUUCAUGUGCGACAACGAGCCGAGCAUCGUCGCCCUGAGGGACGAGGCCGUCAAGAGGCUCAAGAAGGACCACGGCGUGGAGUGCUUGCUGGAGACCUCGACGGUUGGAGAGUCACAGUCGAACGGUCUAGCUGAAGGGGCCGUCAGGGAUAUGAAGGGCCUGACGAGGACCCCGAAGCACGCGGUGGAGGAGAUGCACGGAGUCGCGAUAGGCCCGAAGCAUCCGUGCCUGCCGUGGAUGGUGAGGCACGGCGCAGCAGUCCACAAUCGAGGUCAAGUGGACUCGGACGGGGGCGCGCCGUGCGAGUUGAGGAAGGGGCGCGCUUACAAGAGGGCGCUCCCGGCGUUCGGCGAGAAGGUGUUCUACCUGCCAGUCGGCAAGAGGGAGUCGAGGCUGGUGGACAGGUGGCUGGAGGGCGACUACUACGGGAUCCGCGACGACAGCGACGAGGUGCACGUGGAGACGCCGAAGGGCGUGAUGAGAGCCAGGGGCAUCAAGAGGGCGCGCCGUGGCGACCUGUUCCUGGUCAAGAAGGUGAAGGGCUCGAAGUACCACCUGCCGUGGCGAAGGUGGUGGCGGAUCAGGAGGGUCUACAUCAGGAAGGGCGUGGAGCUGCGGCGCUACGGGUGCACCCCAGGAGUGGCGAUGGACCUCAGGACGGGCUGGGACUUCCGGCUCGAGGAGCAGCGGAAGCGAGCGAGAGCGGAGAUUGAGGAGGGAGACCCUGCCUUCCUCAUCAUGUCUCCUGUAUGCACCCCGUUCUCACAGCUGAUGGAGUUGCUGAAGGCGAUCGGCAAGCGCGACGAGGUCAAGUUUCAGAGGCUGCUCGCUGAGCGCAAGGUCUUCCUGGGCUUCUGUAUGGAGCUGGCGGCCUACCAGCAUUCGAGGAGGAAGUGGCUCCUGUUCGAGCACCCUUGGACGGCGUCAAGCUGGAAAGAGGAGUGCAUCAAGAGCAUCAGGGAGCUGCCCGGCGUCAUAGUGGUCAAGGGCAGCCAGAGGGCAAAGGCGGCUGAGAGGUACCCCUUAGGACUGGUGAAGGCUAUCCUGAAGGGCAUCAGGAACGAGUUGAAGAUCGGCACAGGGAUCCAUGCGUUCGAGGUUGGCCAGACCGCGGAGGAGCCAGAGAUCCUGGACCAGGCGACCGAGGAGGAGAUGGCGGCCUUCUUCGACGGGAUCAGCGGCGCGGUGCUGGACCCGAUAGGCGUCAAGAACGCACGCAUGGACGAGAUGGGCUACAUGAGCAGGCUCGGAGUGUUUGAGAGGAGAAAGAUUUCCGAGGCGCUGCGAGUGACGGGAACCAAGCCGCUCCCACGCGGCUGGGUCGACACCAACAAGGGAGACGACCAGAAACCAGAACUACGGAGUCGGUUGGUGGCGAAAGAGACGCGGAAGUUGAGCACCUUUGGGCCUGAGGGCGCUGCGGCGACCUUCGCGGCGACCCCGCCGUCGGGGGGCCUGAGGGUGAUUCUGUCUAUGGCGAUGACAGGGCGGCAUGAAGAUCGAGUGCUGACCUUCAUCGAUAUCUCAAGAGCGCAUCUACACUCGGAGCUGCAGGGGCCAGUGUACUUGAAGGCGCCAGCGGAGGAUCUAGAGUGCAAGGAUGACGAGUGCUGGCUGCUGCUGAAGGCCAUGUAUGGGCUGAGAGAUGCCGGCUCAUCCUUCGACCUGAAGGUGGAGGACAUCAUGGUGAGGAUCCUGAAGUCGAAGCAGGGCGAGUUCUCGCCUAGCAUCUACCAGGUUGGCAAGCUGGUCGUUUGGAGGCACGGCGACGAUUUCGUGGUGCUCGGUGGGCGAAAGGAUUCACAGGCUUUUACUGAGAACCUCGGCGAGCACCUGAUCGUGAAAGUACGAGGAGUUCUGGGACCUGACCCGCAGAGCGGCGACAUCGACGAGAUCGCGGUGCUGAAAUGCAUUGCGAGGUGGGUCAGGCCGAACGGCAACGACGUGGAGAAGAUCGAGUACGAGGCGGACCCGAGGCACGUGGAGAUCAUCCUGGCCCAACUGGGCCUGCAGGGUAAAGAGAGCAAGCCAGUUGUCACGCCGGGGAUCAAGAGGCAGGAGCUGGAUGGAGAAGCACUACAAGGACGAGAGCGGGUCAUCUACCGCUCAGUGCGCAUGCGUAUUCAAUACCUGGCGCGGGAUCGACCUGAUCUACAGUACGCGGCGAAGGAAUCAGCACGAGUGAUGCAGGACCCGACGACUGGCGGGUGGCAGGCCAUGGAACGGAUCGGUCGGUACCUCGUAGGUACCCCGAGGCUGGUGGUUGAGUGUCCACGGCAGGCAGAUCGGCGAGUUGCCCAAGUAUGCACGGACAGUGACUUCGCAGGUUGCCUGAGGGCUGCGCAGCAGAAGAAGCUGCGUGUCACCAAGGUAGCAGGUCUCGAGAACAUCAGUGACAUCGGUACGAAGCACCUGGACGGGCCCCUGAUUAAGAAGUUCCCUCAGGGCUACCGGAUGCGAUAUAGGGUUGGUUACAGCACAGCGCGCAUUUUGUCGGACAUGGUCCGCAUAUUCGCAUUAGCUCGGCGCACGGUGUCCUGGUGGCCCGGGCUCGCGAUGUGGAUCGUGGACAUCCAGUGGGGGCGGCUCCGGGCCCUGCUGCUGAGGGUGCCUGCGUCGCGGGCGUCGGCCGUCUUGCGCGCCUGGUCGGGUGCCUGGACCACGGCGGCGCGCAUCAAGCCCACGGCGGGGCGCUGCGUGGAUGGCACUGCUCAUCGGGCUUGUCGCUUCGGGUGGCCGGAGGAGCUGGGCGACCAGCGGCGCUACUUCGCGUGCCCGGUCCUCGGCAGGAUCUUCGAGGAUACGUUGGGGGUGGACCACUUGCCAUUCGACUGCUCGUUCGAUGGGGCUAUGCGCGCACGGCUGAGAAGGCGUUGCGUCAUGCUGCGGAAGCGCGCAGGCCGCUCCAGGAGCCCGCGGCGGGCGGCGCCCCCCUGCGACGGGGACCCGCUGGAGCUGUGGGGCAGCGAAGUGGAGAACGUGUCGGUGGAGCUGCUGGACGCCGUGCACAGGCAGGUGAAGGACUCGACGAGGGACAAGGGAAACCCCUGGGCCGUGGACGCGCGCGUCCCAAAGCAGUUCGCCAUGUUCGGAGGGUUCAACCUUGUGCUGCUCGGGGACUUAUGGCAGAUCCCGCCCGUCAGGAGCCCCAGUAUAGCCGCCAAUCCAUUUGUCAAGAGACCCGCCAACGUCGGCCGCAUAUUGGAGAUGUUCUGGACACAGGGCUUGCCGCACUCGGUGACUAACCGCUACGCCCUGACCCAGUCGCACCGCUGCUCAGACUUGUGGUGGAGAAGCUUUCUCGCGGAAGCGCGCGCUGGGGAUCUGUCGGACAGGAUGUACGAUUUCGUCCACGGCUUCUCGACUGACGUGCCCGGCUCCUGGAUGCCCGCAAGCCCCGGCAGCGCCGAGGCCUCGACGGGGCACCUCGGCUGCGGGAAGGCGAAGUGCCGCGCGCUCUGGUCAGUUGAGUGGCCACGGAUGUUCGGAGAAGGUCGGGCCUGGGAGGACAUGAAAUCCCUGGAGUGCGCUGAUUGCAGCGCGGAACGCCGUCGGCGCUGCCGCGUCGCCUCUCAGAGCGGUGCCAGACAGCGGGAGGUGAGCACGGCGUUCGCGGACGCGCUGUUCGUGCACCCGUACAACGCCCCGAAGAGCAGGAUUCUGACGCUGCGAGCGGCGAAUGCGGCAGCCAAUGCUGGGAAGCAGCUUCUCUGGGCGGUGGCGCGCGAUGUCCCCCUCACUCGGGACGACGCAUGCAGGUCGACGGAGUCGCUCGCCCACGCCAGGCAGAAUUGGCUCAUGUACCCCGAGAACAAGACUGGCGGAGUUCCGGGUGCGCUGCCGAUCUUCGAUGGGAUGCGGGCGCGGUUCACCGCCGCGGAGAAUGCAGAGGCGGGGGCCUGCAAGCACUCCUGGGGUACCGUGACGGGCUGGGUCCUCCACCCCGACGACUCGAAGUUGGUGAAAGACCACAGGUCCGAGCCGGAGCUGGUCCUGCAGCACGUGCCCGAGGCGAUCAUGGUGCAAAUUCCCGGGAAUACGGCGCCCCGCUUUGGGAAUCAGCCCGCGGGUGUCUUCCCCGUGAAGCAGAAGGAGGUGUCCUGGGAUCGUAGUCCUGGCUUCAAGGCCAUGGUGAAGCGCGCGGGGUUCCCGCUGGUCCCGCACUUCGCCGCCGCGGCCCACUGCGUCACCGGCGCCACGCUGCCGCAGGCCAUCAUCGACCUCCUGGACGCGCGCGCGACGCCCCGUUCGUCCAUGGCCCCCACGGGCUACGUGGCCAUCAGCCGCACCAGGAGGGCUGACGACCUGAUUAUCACGCAGCCCUUUUCGCCGAUGCUUUUCCGGCAGGGGCACCAGACUGGCCCGCGGCUCCUGCGCUCCAUGACAGCCGGGGAGUUGACGACGGAGCAGGCGAAAGCCGGCUGGGCCAAGGCAGAGAAGGAAGCGGCUUCCAAGUCGUCCAAGAAGGUGGUGGACGCCACGUUCCAGCGCGGCGACUGCCACCAGCGGAAGAGAGCGGGGAAUUUCCCAGGCAGUGGCAUGAGAACGAGCGACCCCGUGGACCACGCCGUGGCGGUGCUGAGCCAGGGCGCCUGGAGGAGGUGCGCCCUCUGCGUGCAGAAGCAGGCCGGGGCGGACGUCCUCGAGUGCUGCAAGUGCGGGAAGCAAAAGGCAUUGGUCCACUUCAGACUCGGAGAGGUGAACGACCUGAAGGCGCGUGGGGACCUCGACCGCGCCGUCUGCAUCGGCUGCGCUCCAAAUCGGCUGCACUUCAACGUGCAGUCGGAAGUCCGCCUGUUCAAGUGCGCGCAGUGCGCGGUCCAGAAGCCGACGGAGGAGUUCGACGAGACAUUCUUCAAGCAGCACCGCGGGGCGAAGGACCUGAUCUGCACUGACUGCAUGGACAGGAAGAUGAGACCCCUGUGCCGGGGAAAAGAAGGGCUUUGCGGGGCCAGGCCGCCACGGCGGUUGACAAAUGGGCACGACUAUUAUUGUGAGAGCUGUAAAUACCCGCCGUGCUCGGCGUGCGGGGUGACGCCGCGGCCGAAGAUGGAGAAGUACACUGCGAAGAGGCUGCCGCAGUGGACAUGCGCGGCGUGCCGCAAGAAGAGCGACGCUGCUCAGUGCGGGGCGCGUUCUGCCGCCAUUCCCUGGAGAAUCAUUUGGAGCUCCAAUCGAGACAGCGGGGAAAUCCUGUGCCGGAAGUGCCAGGGGAAGGUGGAGAACGUGUCGGUGGAGCUGCUGGACGCCGUGCACAGGCAGGUGAAGGACUCGACGAGGGACAAGGGAAACCCCUGGGCCGUGGACGCGCGCGUCCCAAAACAGUUCGCCAUGUUCGGAGGGCUCGACCUUGUGCUGCUCGGGGACUUAUGGCAGAUCCCGCCCGUCAGGAGCCCCAGUAUAGCCGCCAAUCCAUUUGUCAAGAGACUCGCCAACGUCGGCCGCAUAUUGGAAAUGUUCUGGACACAGGGCUUGCCGCACUCGGUGACUAACCGCUACGCCCUGACCCAGUCGCACCGCUGCUCAGACUUGUGGUGGAGAAGCUUUCUCGCGGAAGCGCGCGCUGGGGAUCUGUCGGACAGGAUGUACGAUUUCGUCCACGGCUUCUCGACUGACGUGCCCGGCUCCUGGAUGCCCGCAAGCCCCGGCAGCGCCGAGGCCUCGACGGGGCACCUCGGCUGCGGGAAGGCGAAGUGCCGCGCGCUCUGGUCAUUUGAGUGGCCACGGAUGUUCGGAGAAGGUCGGGCCUGGGAGGACAUGAAAUCCCUGGAGUGCGCUGAUUGCAGCGCGGAACGCCGUCGGCGCUGCCGCGUCGCCUCUCAGAGCGGUGCCAGACAGCGGGAGGUGAGCGCGGCGUUCGCGGACGCGCUGUUCGUGCACCCGUACAACGCCCCGAAGAGCAGGAUUCUGACGCUGCGAGCGGCGAAUGCGGCAGCCAAUGCUGGGAAGCAGCUCCUCUGGGUGGUGGCGCGCGAUGUCCCCCUCACUCGGGCCGACGCAUGCAGGUCGACGGAGUCGCUCGCCCACGCCAGGCAGAAUUGGCUCAUGUACCCCGAGAACAAGACUGGCGGAGUUCCGGGUGUGCUGCCGAUCUUCGAGGGGAUGCGGGCGCGGUUCACCGCCACGGAGAAUGCAGAGGCGGGAGCCUGCAAGCACUCCUGGGGUACCGUGACGGGCUGGGUCCUCCACCCCGACGACUCGAAGUUGGUGAAAGACCACAGGUCCGAGCCGGAGCUGGUCCUGCAGCACGUGCCCGAGGCGAUCAUGGUGCAAAUUCCCGGGAAUACGGCGCCCCGCUUUGGGAAUCAGCCCGCGGGUGUCUUCCCCGUGAAGCAGAAGGAGGUGUCCUGGGAUCGUAGUCCUGGCUUCAAGGCCAUGGUGAAGCGCGCGGGGUUCCCGCUGGCCCCGCACUUCGCCGCCGCGGCCCACUGCGUCACCGGCGCCACGCUGCCGCAGGCCAUCAUCGACCUCCUGGACGCGCGCACGACGCCCCGUUCGUCCAUGGUCCCCACGGGCUACGUGGCCAUCAGCCGCACCAGGAGGGCUGACGACCUGAUUAUCACGCAGCCCUUUUCGCCGAUGCUUUUCCGGCAGGGGCACCAGACUGGCCCGUGGCUCCUGCACUCCAUGACAGCCGGGGAGUUGACGACGGAGCAGGCGAAAGCCGGCUGGGCCAAGGCAGAGAAGGAAGCGGCUUCCAAGUCGUCCAAGAAGGUGGUGGACGCCACGUUCCAGUGCGGCGACUGCCACCAGCGGAAGAGAGCGGGGAAUUUCCCAGGCAGUGGCAUGAGAACGAGCGACCCCGUGGACCACGCCGUGGCGGUGCUGAGCCAGGGCGCCUGGAGGAGGUGCGCCCUCUGCGUGCAGAAGCAGGCCGGAAAGGCUGGAAUCGGCGUGCAACCCGCCCGUUCCGCCCCCUUCUCCUCAAGAGGGGCGGGCGUCCUCGAGUGCUGCAAGUGCGGGAAGCAAAAGGCAUUGGUCCACUUCAGACUCGGAGAGGUGAACGACCUGAAGGCGCGUGGGGACCUCGACCGCGCCGUCUGCAUCGGCUGCGCUCCAAAUCGGCUGCGCUUCAACGUGCAGUCGGAAGUCCGCCUGUUCAAGUGCGCGCAGUGCGCGGUCCAGAAGCCGACGGAGGAGUUCGACGAGACAUUCUUCAAGCAGCACCGCGGGGCGAAGGACCUGAUCUGCACUGACUGCAUGGACAGGAAGAUGAGACCCUUGUGCCGGGGAAAAGAAGGGCUUAGCGGGGCCAGGCCGCCACGGCGGUUGGAAAAUGGGCACGACUAUUAUUGUGAGAGCUGUAAAUACCCGCCGUGCUCGGCGUGCGGGGUGACGCCGCGGCCGAAGAUGGAUAAGUACACUGCGAAGAGGCUGCCGCAGUGGACAUGCGCGGCGUGCCGCAAGAAGAGCGACGCUGCUCAGUGCGGGGCGUGUUCUGCCGCCAUUCCCCGGCAGGUGAAGGACUCGACGAGGGACAAGGGAAACCCCUGGGCCGUGGACGCGCGCGUCCCAAAACAGUUCGCCAUGUUCGGAGGGCUCGACCUUGUGCUGCUCGGGGACUUAUGGCAGAUCCCGCCCGUCAGGAGCCCCAGUAUAGCCGCCAAUCCAUUUGUCAAGAGACCCGCCAACGUCGGCCGCAUAUUGGAGAUGUUCUGGACACAGGGCUUGCCGCACUCGGUGACUAACCGCUACGCCCUGACCCAGUCGCACCGCUGCUCAGACUUGUGGUGGAGAAGCUUUCUCGCGGAAGCGCGCGCUGGGGAUCUGUCGGACAGGAUGUGCGAUUUCGUCCACGGCUUCUCGACUGGAGUGACCGGCUCCUGGAUGCCCGCAAGCCCCGGCAGCGCCGAGGCCUCGACGGGGCACCUCGGCUGCGGGAAGGCGAAGUGCCGCGCGCUCUGCGGUGCCAGACAGCGGGAGGUGAGCACGGCGUUCGCGGACGCGCUGUUCGUGCACCCGUACAACGCCCCGAAGAGCAGGAUUCUGACGCUGCGAGCGGCGAAUGCGGCAGCCAAUGCUGGGAAGCAGCUCCUCUGGGUGGUGGCGCGCGAUGUCCCCCUCGCUCGGGACGACGCAUGCAGGUCGACGGAGUCGCUCGCCCACGCCAGGCAGAAUUGGCUCAUGUACCCCGAGAACAAGACUGGCGGAGUUCCUGGUGUGCUGCCGAUCUUCGAGGGGAUGCGGGCGCGGUUCACCGCCACGGAGAAUGCAGAGGCGGGAGCCUGCAAGCACUCCUGGGGUACCGUGACGGGCUGGGUCCUCCACCCCGACGACUCGAAGUUGGUGAAAGACCACAGGUCCGAGCCGGAGCUGGUCCUGCAGCACGUGCCCGAGGCGAUCAUGGUGCAAAUUCCCGGGAAUACGGCGCCCCGCUUUGGGAAUCAGCCCGCGGGUGUCUUCCCCGUGAAGCAGAAGGAGGUGUCCUGGGAUCGUAGUCCUGGCUUCAAGGCCAUGGUGAAGCGCGCGGGGUUCCCGCUGGUCCCGCACUUCGCCGCCGCGGCCCACUGCGUCACCGGCGCCACGCUGCCGCAGGCCAUCAUCGACCUUCUGGACGCGCGCACGACGCCCCGUUCGUCCACGGCCCCCACGGGCUACGUGGCCAUCAGCCGCACCAGGAGGGCUGACGACCUGAUUAUCACGCAGCCCUUUUCGCCGAUGCUUUUCCGGCAGGGGCACCAGACUGGCCCGCGGCUCCUGCGCUCCAUGACAGCCGGGGAGUUGACGACGGAGCAGGCGAACGCCGGCUGGGCCAAGGCAGAGAAGGAAGCGGCUUCCAAGUCGUCCAAGAAGGUGGUGGACGCCACGUUCCAGUGCGGCGACUGCCACCAGCGGAAGAGAGCGGGGAAUUUCCCAGGCAGUGGCAUGAGAACGAGCGACCCCGUGGACCACGCCGUGGCGGUGCUGAGCCAGGGCGCCUGGAGGAGGUGCGCCCUCUGCGUGCAGAAGCAGGCCGGAAAGGUGAACGACCUGAAGGCGCGUGGGGACCUCGACCGCGCCGUCUGCAUCGGCUGCGCUCCAAAUCGGCUGCGCUUCAACGUGCAGUCGGAAGUCCGCCUGUUCAAGUGCGCGCAGUGCGCGGUCCAGAAGCCGACGGAGGAGUUCGACGAGACAUUCUUCAAGCAGCACCGCGGGGCGAAGGACCUGAUCUGCACUGACUGCAUGGACAGGAAGAUGAGACCCCUGUGCCGGGGAAAAGAAGGGCUUAGCGGGGCCAGGCCGCCACGGCGGUUGAAAAAUGGGCACGACUAUUAUUGUGAGAGCUGUAAAUGCCCGCCGUGCUCGGCGUGCGGGGUGACGCCGCGGCCGAAGAUGGAUAAGUACACUGCGAAGAGGCUGCCUCAGUGGACAUGCGCGGCGUGCCGCAAGAAGAGCGACGCUGCUCUGUGCGGGGAGCCGCCCAGCGCCGCCGCGAUCGCCGCCGUGGCGCGCGCGCGGGCGCUGUGCCGGGCGGGCGUGGGGGCGGCAGCGCCCCAAGAGGCCGAGGAGGCGGCUGGGCGCCUCAUGCGGGCGCUGCUCAGUGCCAGCGGGAGCUCGGCGGCGCGGUGCCGCAGUGGAGUGCGCGCUGGCGACUGGCGGGCUGCUGCGCCGGCGAGAGGCGGAGGCGAGGCGGCACCUCGCGGCCGCACUCUGGCAGCUGGGGUCGACGCAGGAGGCCCUGUGCGAGUGCCGGCGGGCUUGCGGCGCCGGCGGCGGCGGGCGGGAGGCGGCGGCGCUCUGGUGGCUGCUCGGGGAGCUGUUGGCCGCGCGGGCGCGGGAGGAGGAGGACGAGCCCGCCGAACACGCAUCGCGCCUGCGCCACGAGGCACCGCCGUGCCGCCCCGCUCGGCGCUCCGCGCCAGGCCCGGCCUGGCGCUCCCCUGCCCCGCAGCGUCUUGCCCAGACACGCUCGCGUCGCGCCAAGAAUCAUGA